AUGAGCGAGCCAGCGCCUCAAGAUGGCCUCACAUCCUCCUAUGAGCUCGUCGAUGGCGCUGACGAGGAGGGGCAACCUGUGCCUCGUGCAAAUCAAGCUUGCAACGAGUGCAAGCGGCGCAAAGGCAAAUGCGAUCGAGUAGCCCCCGAAUGUAGCCCCUGUAGGAGGUUUCGCCGUCAUUGUCUGUACGAGCAGCAUAGCAAAACACCAUUGACCCGCAAACACCUUACCUUUGUUGAGCAUCGACUCGCGGGAGCCAAUGCAGAAAUCCGCAGCCUACGACGAGCGCUCAAUGAGCUUCGACAACAAAAUGGAGAGGUCUCACUUGGUACUCGUGAGGAGAGUGGCGAAGUUCCAGCAGAGGUUGCCCCCGAAACAUCUGGGACAAGCGCAGUCUUUACUUCUGACUCGCGAUGUCCCACAAUCACGAACCUAUAUCAUAUGGAUGCUUCGCAGAUGAAUAUCUCUGAUUCUCCGCCUUUGUCGACUAGGCUGACCGACGGAGGGUUCAAUGAAAACUGUGAUAUUGAGGAAGCUUUCGAGCAAACAGAACGGUCGUCGAUUCCGCUUGAAGGACCUCCGACAACUGGGGAAGAAUUUGACUGGGAUGAGCAGUCCAUGUCUAUGGCUUCAGAGCUUGAUCCUCAAUCAAGCGGGGAGGAGGAACCCGAGUUUGUGGACGGAAUGGCAUCUCUGUCAGUCAACGAGAAGGACGUGGGGUAUCUUGGAGUUGCCUCUGGUGCAGCACUAUUACGCAUGCUUCGACCAGAAAACAGCUCACGAGGAUCGUUUUUGGAGAGAACGGGCAGGCGACCCAGAACAUCUUCAACCCUUCUUGUCCCACAACCAAAUCCGCACGUGCAUAUUGUGGAUGCAAUGAUUGAUGGAUAUUUCCGAUCGUAUCAUCUGAGCUAUCCCAUCGUUCAUGAGCCACGAUUUAGGGCGCAAUAUUCUGGGGUAAUCCAGUGCCCCAAGGACAACGGGUGGCAAGCUCUAAUUUACGUAAUAGCUGCUCUGGGAGCCUUCUCGACUGCUGAAGAUGCUAGUGAUGCUGAUAUCGGGCUUUUCCAUGCUGCAAGAUCACACUUGUCCAUCGAUGAUCUUCAGUCUGGUAAUAUAAGCCUCGUACAAUCCCUCACUCUCAUGUCAAACUAUUUGCAGAAGAGGAACAAGCCAAAUUCCGGAUACAAUUAUCUGGGCUUGGCUCUGCGCAUGGCAAUGGGGCUUGGUCUCUACAAAGAAUUUCCUGGUUGGGAUAUCAAGCCUCUACAGAUGGAGAUUCGGAGAAGAGUGUGGUGGACCCUCUUUGUAUUUGAUAUAGGUGCGACAAUCACUUUCAGUCGGCCACUAGGUUGGCCUAGCGAAGGUAUCGAUGUUAGACUACCUUUGAACAUCAACGAUCGAGAACUGACAGCGGUCACAAACUCCUAUCCGACUGAAUCUGCGAACCCAACGACCUACACCGCAGUUCGUACUCAAGUGGCUUUCCACUUAGCCACGAAUGCAAUCUACAAACGGGUAAUAUCUCUCCCGUUUCCAUCGCCAAGGGAAUGCUUAGCUCUCGACGAGGAGAAGAUCGUGCCUUGGUUCCAGUCACUGCCGCCCUGGUAUAGCGAGUCUGCAACUGUUCCUCAGCAGUUUGCUCUAAGUCACUCAAUUAUGAUGUGGCGGUACCGAAAUUUGAGAUUGAUCAUGUAUCGACCGUUUGUCCUAAGGCGGAGUCUCAAGAAUCGUGUCAAUAGCGCUCCUCUUACUGUGCGCAAGGACGAGCAAGAGGCCUGCAAUCGUUGUCUUCACGAGGCCUCUAUGAGUAUUACUCUGAUCGGAAAUUUUUGGUCAACCCACCAGCACACCAAGCUUGCUGCGUGGUACGCAUUAUACUUCCUGUUUCAAGCCUCGUUGUUGCCAAUAUUCUGCCUGCGGAACGACCCAUUAUCACCCAGUGCCAACGAUUGGCGCCAGGACAUCCGCGUUGCUCUCAGUGUAAUUGAAUCGAUGGCAAUAAUCAACCCCAGCAGCGUAAAAUGCCUGCAUACUAUCAACACCCUGUGCGAGCAGUUUAUGGUAGAUACGUCAACUGCGGCAGAUAUGCUACUUGAUCCUACAGGCGAGUCUCCACAAACUCAAAUCAAUAAUGUAUUAUCUAUGAUGUGGCCAAAUCUUCCAGAACUGGACGUGGUCAUGCAAGAUGAUAAUUGGACCAGAUUCUAUGACACAUCUGUUCUGGACGGACGAUUUGACAACACAUUUGAUACGGGCGAAGAUCAAUGGCCGAUCUGA